GGAAUUCUAAUGGGAAAGAUUUUGGAAAAAUAGCUAAUCAUUCUGGAUAAUUCGAAUGGAAUCUAAAGAAAAAAAUUUGUGCAAAAAUUUACCGGUCCUAUUUUAUCAAGAUAUCAGAAAAACAUUUCUAACAUAAUGCUUUUAUGAACACCAAUUAUCUAUCUAGAUGAUAUUAAAUUUAUUAACCAAAUUCCUUGUUUUUUUCUAAAAAAAAAAGCAAAAAAUAUAUAUAUUAUAAUGACUAUCAGUUACACCAACAAAGUAUCCAAAUCCAGAAUUGGAUCUUUCAUCAGGGUCAUAUUCUUAUGGAAGGGAAGUAUCUACAAAUUGGUAUACAAGGAGUUUUUCUUGUUCAUUUUGCUUUACUAUAUGAUAAACAUAUUUUAUCGUUUUGCGAUGACCGAAAAUCAAAGAGGCCAAUUCGAGCAAAUAGUACUGUAUUGCGAUACGUUCGUUAAUCUGAUUCCUUUACCUUUCGUUUUGGGAUUUUUCGUAUCCUUGAUAGUGGGAAGAUGGUGGGCACAAUUCCAAUCUAUUCCUUUCCCGGAUGAAACGAUGAUAAUGGUGAAUUCCUUGAUCCAGGGUAAAGAUGAGAAAAGUAGGUUAAUCCGAAGAACCCUUAUGAGGUACCUUAAUUUGACGUCCGUUCUAAUUUUCCGCUCCAUCAGUGCACCUGUUAAGAGGCGGUUCCCUGAUAUGGAAAGCGUUGUUGAAGCUGGGUUCAUGACUUACAAAGAACUGAAGAUUUUCGAAAAUUUAGCCACUCCUCAUUCAAAAUGGUGGCUUCCAUGCAUAUGGUUUUCUAAUUUAGUAGUUGGCUCUUACAACGAAAAAAGGUUGAUCAACGAUUUUAGUCUCAGGGUUCUUCUCAUGCAGUUAGCAGAGUUCAGGAAUAAAUGUGCUGCCCUUUAUGCCUACGAUUGGAUCAGUGUUCCUUUAGUCUACACUCAGGUAGUGAGUUUGGCUAAUUACAUGUAUUUCAUAGCUAAUCUGAUGGGACGUCAAAUUCUGGAUCCAACUAAACGUUAUACCAAUCGGUUCGACAUAUAUUUCCCAGUUUUUACCUUUCUUCAGUUUCUAUUUUACAUGGGAUGGUUGAAGGUAGCGGAACAAUUAAUGAAUCCCUUCGGAGAAGACGAAGAUGAUUUCGAAAUCAAUUGGAUUAUAGAUAGAAAUUUUCAAAUCUCCAUGCUGGCAGUUGACGAAUUGCAUAGCACUUUUCCUGAUUUGGAAAAGGAUGUGUAUUGGGAUGACCCAGAACCUGAAUUGCCUUAUACGGAGGCCUCCAAAUUUUACAAGAGAAAUUCUUGGAUGGGAUCCACCGCUGAUAUUCAUUUAACGAGAGAUGACGUAAACGAGAUCGAUUGGUUAAGCCAGGAAAAUUUGAAAAAUCUGAACCCCCUCAAUAGUUUUCAAGAUGCGCUCCAUCGCUUAUCAUCCAAAUCAUUUGCCAGGAGCAGGAAAUCUAACCAGUCUAUCAAAAGCGAAAUCCUGGAUAACCAGCAUAAAAUUAAGAUGAAUACGAAUUUAAAUCCAUUUUUCAGUCAAUAUCCUUCUUCCAGGUCAUCCAUCUCUAAUCAUUUUUCUCAAAAUGGGUUGAAGCCUAUCAAAGAACAAAGGUUCGAGGUGACUAAAAUCAAGGAUGACGAUACAUCUACUAGAAAUGGUAAAAUGAUGUUUAAUUUUAGCAACCAUUUACACAAUGAUCAGAACAUCUUAAAAAAGCCUGUUAUUUUAGUUAAUGGUAAAUUAGAUGUCGAAACCAAGAUUAAUAAUAAUAAUACCGAUACAAUUCCAGAAAACGAUUUCACAAAUCCCACUAAACGCUUGAACAGCGAUUUGAAUAAUAUAUCCAACGGGAAUUUAAUCAUUCUUGGAGGCGGUAGGAAAAAGAAAAUAUCGGCCGGGGGUGGAGCUGGUGGAGAUAACAAUAGCACAUUUACGGAAGAGAACGACCUAACUGUCAAAGGUAAUAUAUCCAACCUGGCCAAAUUUCACAGCAAAAAAAUGCGAGAGAGAAUGCUAAGAGCUUCCGCAGGUUAUGUGGCAGAAGAUUUUACCAAUAACGAUACUCCUUACAUCAAAAAGCCCGUAUUGAAUGGAAGUUUUAGUGCCCCGCCUUCGGCCAUUAAGGUAGGCAAGCAAAGAUUAAUAACAAAUCCUCCCAGCAAAAAUAUACUGAGAAAACUGUCUUCUCGUCUUAAAAUCAAAUCGUCUUCUUCUAAAGCGUCACGAGAAACUAAUCAAUUCGUCAUGGAUAACUCCUUGAUUCGACAUUCAAAGAGAAAGUCCUUCAAUUUAAGCUCCAAGAAGAGAAGAAAAAAAAAAUCGAGUAAUAGUAAGAAAUUGGAUUAUGAUUAUCAUCCAUUUAUAGGUUCUAAAGACUAUACCACGAAUAAAUGGGUUCCAGAAAUUUCGAGAGCUUCCUUAACUUCCGAAAUCAAAUCAUGGAUAUUUCCUUCUACGAUGACUCGCAAUAAAGAUUCCCAACUGCUAUUCGAUAGCACCUACAAUGAUAAUUUCGAUAACCCAGAUAAUCCUAAUGACAUAUUAAAUAAUAAUCGCGUGAGAAAAGAUGGUGUUUCGCAUUUAAAUAAUUAUUAUUCUUCCUAUCAGUUCUUAACAUCGAAGAACUUGAGCAAAUCAAUUAAAAAGUCAACACUCCCUGACAAAGACCCACCACUUAGUGCUUUAACCGUGUUCCAAGCUUCCUCCAACCAAAGAAGUGUAUUUCCUUAUCAUGCGAGCCCCAAAAAAAGUAUAUACAAGCGGCAGAUGUCGCUACCCCAUAAUGAAAGGCUUCUGGAAGAGGACGAAGGUUGUAAUAAUAACUCUGCUUCUGAAGUAAUCUACGAAAAAGAAUUAUUGCCUCACCAUUGUGCCGAAGUUGCGAUUAAAGUUGGCAAUAGUUAUAAGAAAAUAAAAGGAGUCAGUACGAAAAGAAAUAUCAAAGAAUUACUUAACAAUAGUAACAUCUCUGAAUCUCAACUAAACCCUGUGAAGGAAUUGAAAGUUGAACAAUAUAACAUGGCUUAUUUGGAAGACUAUGAAUUAGAAGCAACAUUAGAGGCAAAAAUUCCUGAUGGCAAAAUUGAUAAGGAAAAUGUUGCAGUGGAGUCGAAGAAUAAAGAUAAUAAUUCCUAUACAAUGAUAGAAAUAACAAAUAUUUAGGUGAAUUCUAGAUACGUCACAUAUCUACUGUAUUCUAUACUACACAUAAAUACCUUUUUACAUGUUUUGAUAAUUAUUGUAUUAUAUUUUUCAAAUCGA